AUGUUCUAUGACGCUACUAGCUACUACGCACGCGACUUUCCCGGAAACACAGAGAUGCCUGCGACAACAGCGACUGUCGCGUACAAGAAGAAGAAGAACGGCAUCCUCGCCGUGUCGGAAGACGUCAAGUAUGUCUUCUUCACGCCAUCAGACGCGCCUUCCGGCUCUUCGCCCACCUUGACAGUACCGGUCGCCGACAUCACGAACCUCCAACAGACCCCUGCCACCGCAGCCAAUAUCGCCUUGAAGCUGGUCGUGGGCGCCGAUAGUCAUGUCUUCACGUUCAAACAUCCGCAGAGAGCACGAGAAGAGCAAGUCGAGACAACUGCGCCGCUCCGCGAGGCCUUGGCCAUCAUCAAAGCAAGGGAGAAUGCGCUUCCAGUCGCAGGCAGCAGUGCAUCAGGAGCGGGCACACCUGCGCCGUCUGGCGACAAUGGAGGUCAAAGUGCAGCUAUGGCAAUCGCCAAGGCAGUGUCGUCGAAUAAAGCAGAUGACGCUUGGUACGAUGAUGCGAAGCUGAAAGCCGACAUCAAGCUGCAGAAGUCCUUGAUCGACAGCAACCCGGCGCUGAGUGAUCGCUUUAACCAGGCGUUGAAAGAUAAGCCCGAGUCGUUGUCGAUUACACAAUUCACCGCACAGUUCUGGUCUGCGCGAUUACACUUGCUGCGAGCGCAUGCCAUUGAGCUGGCUCAGAAGCAGGGCGAGUACAAUGUGCUACCUACCAUCGGCUACGAGACGAAGCCAGCUGAGAAGCCUGGAGAGCCCGAUACAAAGACGUUCAAGAUCACCAAGGAGCAGAUCAAGCUCAUGUUCAAGCAGUAUCCCGUCAUCAAGGAGGCGUAUGAUGAGAGCGUGCCACCUUUGACACCAACGCAAUUUUGGACCCAGCUCUUCGCUCCGAGUCGCUUGCUGAAGAAACUGAGAGGCGAGAAGGUCAUGCAGAAUGAUCCGCGGAAUCCAGUACUUGACAAGUUCCUAGAUCGGCCGGAGAGUGGAGUGAUGACCAUGACCCAUGUUCCGCACUGGAUGGAUCUGGAAGGCAACGAGCAAGACCACAGCCAGCGGAAAGGCAACAGGGCUGAUCAGGAGAUGAGACCUUCGGGUAACGAAAAGGUUCCGAUACUGCGGGUACUGAACAAUCUCUCCGAGAAGAUGAUGUCCCAUAUCAGCACUGAAGAUGGCGAGGCGCAUGGUCCUAUUGGUGUCGACGAAGAGACUUAUGAGCAGCUAAGGAUACAGGAUCUUGUGCGACAAGAUGUCGACAACCGGCUCGUUUUGAAUGUAAAGAAGCAGCAGGUCUACACAGGCGGGAGGAUGGAAGAUCUAUCGAUCCAAGCGAGAUUGUUUGCACAGCAGGACCCUGAGCAGGUGCUGUCGUCGAUACGAGAUGACAUGCAACCUUCGCAUCUGGGAAGUGACAAGAGGGGUACUUUGAAGCUGGACCGCGUGCUAGGCUAUCACACCGACGACGAUUCCGAUUCUGACGAUGACACCUCACCCCACACCAAUGGCUCAACUACGAAACAGAAGCCGACCAUUCGAGUCGGCUCGCACAAAGGUCUCGCUUUAGCAACCAACAACCUCCUAUCCUCCGUUCGACAAGCCCGGCGCGCCACAUCGGGUGACCCUCACUUCCUCAACGGCCUAAGCCAAAAGACCUUCGACACCCUCACAAUGACCCACGACACAACAACAGAAUUUCUGCACUACUUCUGGACCGUCUUCCUAUCCGGUGAUGCGUCAAGGACAAGAGAGCUAGAGCAGCUCGUGGCCACUCUCGACCGUUCUAUCGACCGGAUCAACGCCGUGGGUGACGAGGCGGAGAAAGAGUUGCAGGCGAGGAUUGCGGAUGUCAAGAGGGAGGAUCAGAUUUACUACGAAAGGUCGAAGAAGCGGCGCAGGAGGAAUUUUGAGGAGUAUCCUGGUGGGAAGAAGGCUGUGGAUGCUAUGGUGGGGCCUACGAGGGCUGCGCUUGGGAGAGCGGUUGAGGCGUAUGCUAGGGAGAGGGAUAGGCAGAUGAAGGAGAAUGCCGCCGCUACUGGUGUGUGA